UCCAGCGCUGGGUGUGCGGGGACCCCUUGCCUGGCAUGGGAUGCAGCCACCUCUGGGGUGGGGUGGUGCCUGGUUAUAAAGGGACCCCUCACCCCAUACAGAAAUCCAGCUGCCUCUGGGGUGGGUGUGGCCAGAAUGUGGGCCCGCCCUCUCCAUUGUGAUGUCCCUGCGGGUUCCAUGCCCCCUGCGCUGGGCGAUGCCCGUCACCUCCCGGCUGUUGCUGCCCCUUUGCCUCAGCCUCCUCCUGGUCCCCUGGGCGCCCGGCUGCCUCUUCUGCUUCUCCACCCCCCAGCAGCGCCUGCGCGUCUGCCAAGUCUUCCUGGGCCAUGCCAGUUCCCGGCACACCGCCUGCCUGGGCACCCUGCAGGCUGCCUUCCAGCCCCACACCCAGCUGGGGGUGGGUGCAGUGGAGCUGGAGAAGCUGAAGGAUACUUUCUCCAAUGUCAUCUUCUCCCUAGAGGAGAAAGGAGUGGCCAAGGUUCCCUACCAGGUGGCCUUCCCGGAGGUUGCAGCGCGGAUCCAGCUGGAGCUGGCUCAGCUGAAACCAGGGUAUCAGAAAGACGCCCAGGUUUACCGAUGCUCCUCGUGCAGCACAGUGGAGUGUCAGCUGCCCCUGGACUGCCCAGCUCCGAACCCGAGAUCUCUCCCUCUUCCGGGACCUGCGCCAGGGGGCCAGCUCCCUCAUCCUCCACCCCACGCGGGUCUCGCACCGUGGCACCUACGUCUGCCAGCUGACCGAGGAGGACGACGUGGUAGCCCGCAAAUACUUCUACCUCAAUGUGACUUCCAGCAGCCAGGGGGCAGAGACGGACCUGCAGAACAUGUUCCUGGCCAUUUUGCUGUCCCCAGGGGGGCGGGGGGCCGGCGGGCCCGAGGGACAUUUCCCCCGGCUCCCGGAGCUGCUGGCGGAGCCCGACUCCCUGCACAAGAGGAACGUGGUGCUGCUGAUGGUGGGGCUGGCAUUGAGCGCCAUGCUGGGCACCCUGCUGCUGGGGUGAGCUUGCUGGGCCCCUCCAGCCUGGGAACCUCUCCGCCCCAUGGGCCUGACCAAUGGCCCAUCUGGCCUGGGACUCCACCCCUACCAGACCUGACCAUUGGGCCCACCCACAGCCUGGUAUCUGGUGGCAGGGAGUUCCCCAGGCCCCCACUUCCUCCUCUUACCAAGCCCUUGGUGGCCCCAAACUCCCUGCUCUGGGGGGGCCUAGCCCAGCCCCCAAGACCCCAUUGGCCUUCUGGGUCCCAACUCAGUCCAGCCCCCUUCCCUCCCCCCUCCGUAAGCACCCAGCAGUGACACCAGCAUGCUGGGGGCUGGAGGCUGCAUCCCUCCUUGGGCUUGUCCCCCCCCGCCGCCCCCUGCCAUGGCUUCCUUC